GUCGAAAAGAAAGGCGGUCCCCCAAUCUACAAACAAAUCCCCGUCCCCAAGCCAGGACCCGACGAAGUCCUCGUCAAGAUCAAGUACUCCGGCGUCUGCCACACCGACCUACACGCCCUGAAAGGCGACUGGCCACUGCCCCUAAAGAUGCCACUCGUCGGCGGCCACGAAGGAGCCGGAAUCGUCGUUGCAAAAGGCGACAUGGCUUCGAGUAUUGAGAUUGGCGACCACGCCGGUAUCAAGUGGUUAAAUGGCUCAUGUCUAGCAUGCGAGUUCUGCAAGACCGCUGAUGAACCGCUCUGUGCUAAGCAGAAGCUGUCGGGUUACACCGUUGACGGUACCUUCCAGCAGUAUGCGAUUGGCAAAGCCGCCCAUGCGAUCAAGUUGCCCAAGGAAGUGGCUUUUGAUGCUAUUGCACCAAUUCUAUGUGCCGGUAUCACCGUCUACAAGGGUCUUAAGGAGUCUGGCGCCCGUCCGGGUCAGACUGUUGCCAUUGUCGGUGCUGGUGGUGGUUUGGGCUCCUUGGCUCAGCAGUAUGCUAAGGCUAUGGGAUUGCGGGUUAUUGCCAUUGAUGGUGGUGAUGAGAAGCGUGAUAUGUGCGAGCAGCUGGGCUCUGAGGGAGGGAAACAAAAGGCCUACGUUGAUUUCACAAAGUCCAAGGAUCUUGUUUCGGACGUCAAGGCUGCUACUCCCGAAGGUCUGGGUGCGCACGCUGUGCUUCUACUUGCCGCUUCCGAGAAGCCGUUCCAACAGGCAGUUAGCUAUGCUCGCCCCCGCGGCGCUAUUGUUGCCAUUGGCCUUCCUGCCAAUGCUUUCCUCAAGGCUCCUGUUUUCGAGAGUGUUAUCAAGAUGAUCAAUAUCAAGGGAAGCUAUGUGGGUAACCGCCAGGACGGCGUUGAGGCUGUCGACUUCUUUACUCGCGGUUUGAUCAAGGCGCCGUUCAAGACUGCCCCACUCGAGGAUCUUCCCAAGGUGUUUGAGCUAAUGGAGCAAGACAAGAUCGCUGGACGCUACGUCCUUGAGAUGCCGGAAUAA